CGGUAUACAGUUAAAGAAACACAGGUAGCCUAGGCCUGUGCUUUGUCGAAGUAAAUAACUGAAUUACUGUAUAAUUGAUUUAAAAGACUAUUAAUAUAUUGAAAUAUAAAUUGAAGGAAACUAGGCUUUUUACUACUUCUGUCGUGAAAGUGAAAUUUUGCCGGGAAUGGGGCUUUCAACAACACAGUACUGUACACUUUUUGGAAAAACGUAGGGGAUUGUCUCCCGGUGUAUUUUGCCCAAUCACCACCAGAAAGACCACACUGGAAAUAAGUUUUCUUCAGUGUUUACACCGAGUAUCUUGAAUUUAAAGGGAUAGUGUACCAUACUUCCAACCAAAAUGAAGUCUCUCUGGCUGAGGCUAGCAAUUUUAUGCAUCGUUAUUUUAUCAGUAUUUCUAGAUGUUACACAAGGAAUUAAAUGUACUGCAGCUAAAUCAUGCGGUGAUUGUAUGGUACAAAGUGCAGAGUGUGCGUGGUGCAAGUCUACCACCAUCUCCUCAAACAAAUGUGAUGUUCCAGAAUCAUUGAUUGCCAAAGGCUGCCCAAAAGAAGAUAUAGUGCAACCAAAAUCUGGACUAACUAUAAUCAAGGAUGUUGAAUUGAGUAAUGCAGGUGAUGCUGCCGUUGGUGAGGCUGUGCAGGUGAAACCACAACAAAUAGAGCUUGAGUUGCGACCAGGUGACACAUACCAGGUAGAGGUUAACAUUCGGCAGGCUGAGGACUAUCCAUUGGAUUUGUACUACGUGAUGGAUGUGUCUAGUUCAAUGAUUGAUGAUCUUGCAACUGUUGGAAAACUGGGUAACGAUUUAGCUAGUACAAUGGCAAACAUCACUCGCGAUUUUCGUCUUGGCUUUGGCGCUUUUGUAGACAAGGUUGUCAUGCCCUAUGUGGAUUUGACAAAACUUAAUAAUCCAUGUGAAGGAACUACUCUGUUAGACAAGAAGUGUCAGCCGCCAUUCUCCUUCCAGAACGCCCUCUCACUAACAAAUCAAACUAACCUCUUCCAAGAAGCUGUAAGUGACCUUCAACCUUCUGGUAGUUUGGAUUACCCUGAGGGCGGUCUUGAUGCCCUCAUGCAAGCUGCCUCAUGUCAGGAUAUAAUUGGAUGGCGUGAGAGGGCUCGGCAUCUGUUAUUUUACACUACAAAUUCAGCAUUUCAUAUUGCUGGAGAUGGCAAGCUUGGUGGGAUUGUCAAAGCCAAUGACGGAAAAUGUCACACAAAUCCCGUAACUGGGUAUUACACUAUGCAAGAUCAACUGGACUACCCCAGUGUGAGUCAGCUUAGUCAGGUUCUAGAGGCCAACAGUAUCUUACCAGUAUUUGCAGUCACUUCUGAUGUUAUAGCUCAGUAUGAGAAACUGCCUGCCUUUUUUCAUGAAGCCGAAGUCACAGAAAUCUCUGAAGACUCGUCAAAUGUUGUGGAUGUCAUAAAAGCUAUUUAUGAUUCAAUUACAUCAAAGGUUGAAAUGGAUGACAAUAUUACAGGAGAUUUGAAGGACUUCAUCUCCGUAAAUUACACUUCUUUUUGCUAUGCGAGUCUAACCGGUAAACCUAACAGCAAAGAAUGUGAGGGGUUAGCAUUGGGGGAUACCAUUAGUUUCUCUCUCAAUAUUACUGUCAAUAAAACACUUUGCGAUGAAGAAAAAAAAUCGAGAAGCUUUAAAGUUGGACCUGUAUCAUUUGUAGAGAAACUGGAUAUUUUGGUGAAGGCGAUUUGUGACUGCGAUUGCGAGCAGAAUAAGGAACCUGUCUCACCAAAAUGUACAGAUGGUAAUGGGACUUUUGUGUGUGGUGGUUGUGUUUGCAACAAGGGGCGGUCAGGAGCAUUUUGUGAGUGUGAUCAGGAGGAAAGCGAAGAGAUCGAUCCAAAAUGUGUCAAGAAAGGGGACGAGGCCCCUUGCUCCAGCCGUGGUCAGUGCAACUGUGGCCUGUGCAUAUGCAGGGACACCACACCGCCACGUUUAGUUCAAGGUGAUUACUGUGAGUGUGAUACUAAUGACUGUAUUGAUCCAAACAGCAACAAAAUAUGUGCAGGUUCAGGAAAGUGUCUGUGUACUCCAAAUGUGAAAAGUAUUUGUGUUUGUGACGAAGGCUUCACAGGUGAAUUCUGUGACUGUUCAAUGUCAAACUACAGCUGUAUUGCACCAAAUGGGGAAUUGUGUAAUGGUAAAGGACAGUGUGACUGUGGUAAAUGCGAUUGCAUUGAUGGCUUCGAUGGCAAGACUUGUGAAUGUGGAGAUGAAUGCGAGUCUGAAUGUGAAGCAAAUCAAGCAUGUGUGAAGUGUGAAUUUGAGGAAGGGGAAUACUUUGUAAACGGUCAAUGUGAUGAAAAGUGCAAAAUGAAAUAUCGAAAAGUUAAAGUAUUAGAAGAUACAGUUGGAAAUGCACGUAAAUGCAAAUAUACUGAUGAGAACCAGUGUGUGGUGACUUAUACACAAGAGAUCUUGCCUGACGGAACUCUAGAGCUAAUCAUCAAGGAAGAUCCUGAGUGUUAUGGUGGUCCUGAUGUCCUGUGGAUUAUCAUUGGUAUUAUCAUUGGGAUCAUUCUGGUUGGAUUAGCUCUGUUGUUAAUCUGGAGAUUGCUAACAUUCAUCCAUGAUAAGAGAGAAUUUGAGCAGUUUGAGAAAGAACGCCAAGAAGCUAAAUGGGAAGGGGGACAUAACCCACUUUACAAGCCAUCUACAUCCACCUUCAAGAACCCUAUGUAUGCUGCCAAGCAAAACAGUUGAUCAGCUCACUGCUUCUCCAUAAUGCUUUGAUGAGGGUGGAAAUCCAAUAUUUAAGUCUUCAGUCACAACCACCAUGAAUCCAAUGUUUGGUAGCAAGGACGAUGAGACCAAACAGCUUAAGUUUGAUGUAGAAUAGUCACAUUUAUGAAUUAAAUUAAGACAAUUUGUAAUCAAUAAUAUUUGAUGUUCAUACAGUAGAUAGAUCGAGAAACGAAAUCAAAGAUAUAUUGAGUGAAAUAGACCAAAGAUAAUAGAAUGCAAAUAAAGCUCAAGUAUGAGUCCUAAUCAUGCAGUGUUGUUAUUUAAAGAGGUGAGGUUACCGAGAUUUGUGGCUUUGAGCUUCUUACCUUCCAACGGUCCUCAGACCUUCACCUUGUAAAAUUGCAUUUGAAUACACAUAAGCUCUGUUCACUCCCUCUACACUAUUUGUGUAUAAAAUUUGUGGGAUGUGCCCAUAUAUAGGCAUGAUGGUGUCAUAUUACACCCAAAUAUGGGCAUAUUACAUUUAUUUGUCACAUACAAUUGGUAGUGCAGACAACUAAUUUAAAACUUGGAAUGGGCAUGAUGAUGGGAUAUUACAGUUAAAUGUUUGUCACAUAAAAUUUGGUUGUGCAAACAAAGCUUAAGAUUGAAUAAGUUUAACUUUGUAACAAAUUAAGAAAAUGGACUUGGAAUGAUAUGAGAAAAUGCAAUACCUGCAAUGUUCCUCAUUCUUGUGGCAUUUAUUCGCUACAUUUAAGAAUAUGUAAUAAGGUAGCAAUGCAGUCAUAUGGUAAAGCUACUGAAGCUGUGAAAGGCACCAGUGCACUGACAAUUAGAAAUUUAAUAAUUUUUAUAUAAAUAUAACUUUCAAAAAGUUUGUGUCUUCCUGACAUGAAAAGGUCUUUGACAAUUUUAGUCGUCUUCAAAUUUGUAUAAUUUGUUAUUACAAAAGAGUGUGCAGUGUUAAAAUGACAAUGCUUACUAGGAUGUGGUAUUUUUAGCCAAGUUGUUACAUGGAAGUAACACCAGAUGUUAUAAUGACCAGAUUCUUAGCUUGGAUUUAAAUUUAAUCACCUUUUUUACUUAAUGCUUAUGUUUUAUAUCCUGUUUUUUAAAUGGUCUUUAAUUAAUGCAUAUCAUUUUUCAAACAAUUUUUUUUCAUUUCGUUUUUUGAAAAAUUAAUUAUUUUGCUUUUUGCUUUACUGCUUACACAAUGUGUCAAUGUAAUUACUUAAUCAGAACAAUAUUUUAAUAUUUAUUAUCAACAAUUAAGUAAACAAGAAAGGUGUGGCUGUAUCUCCACAGGCCUAAUCUUUCCUUGCCUAUGAGUAUGCCUAAGAAUAUGUAUAACCACAAUGUGAUACACAAGUAAAAGUGAGAGACACCAAUUGCAUAUUUCCCAUUUCCUGCUUUCUUAUAACAAUUCCCAAAAUAUUCAACUUAUGGUAAUAGACAAUGUCAUUAACCUGGAUGUAUGCAUAUCUAUUGAUCAACAAGUGGUUGCAAAACCAUACAGUUAGUUGAAAACAAAACAAAACAUUAGGAAAGUUGAACACAAUCACUUUUGUUUUCAUAUAAUUUUGUAUGUUCAUUUUAAAACAGGUUUUGCUGAAUAUUAAAAAUGAAUACUGCAUAAAGUAUGUACCGCAAUGUGCACAGUAUUAACAUGUUUUCUUCAAAUUACUUAUUAAAUGACUUGUUAAUAAAUGAUGAAUAGAUUCUUGUUGAGACUAAUUUUCUAUAAUUUAUUGAUAAAUUGAAAGUCACACUUACAUAGACACUUACUUUUUUAUAAUACAUUUUAUCUAUGAUUUUUAUACAUAUUAUAUGUGUAUGCAUAGUAUCUAUAGUUAGCAUAUUUAGUGAUGCAAUUUUAAAACUUGAACUAGCCCUAGAGUUUGGUAUGUAGUAGAUAUGAAUAACAUAAGAUGAUAAUAAUACAGUAGGUAAAAUAACUUUUCUCACCUUGUUUAAUUUAUUAUAAUUAUGAUAAUUUAUUAUAAUCCUGUAGAAUUUUAUUUGUAAAGUAAUAUUUUGUUUACUUAUGUUGCCAUGACAAGCAAAUAAAUGUCUUGUUUACAAUCAUUGUAUAUAGAUUUGGUUUGUAGGUGCUAGCAAUUUUUGUAUGCAUGUGUGUUUAUAUGUUUGAUGCAAUGUAUGAUAUUAAAGCAUUUUUAGAUUUAUUCAGUGUACAGUAUAACAUUUUCAUAGAGAAUUGCAACUAUUUCGUAAUAUUUACAGUUGUUAUGUUGCCAUAACUCGGUCAACUCCUAAUUUUUCAAAACAUUCUCUAUGCUCUCUUUUUGAGGCAUCUAAUAUUAGGCAUGUAGUAUUUGGCUAUAAUAUGUCAACAAUUGCUGUUAUAUUGAGAUUGUUACAUGAUCAUAACGUUUAUGUGUUUGCCUACAUGAUAGAUCGAUAUUAUAGGCAUAUAGUAUAGCUCACCAUCAUUUCAAAUAUCCUAUAGGCUAAGACAUUAUUUUUUUCACAAUUUAGCUUUUAUUCUGCUUUUAGCUACAAUCAUCUUCAUACAGUACAGAAAUAUAGAUUACAAAUAAAGUUGUGAGAGUAAAA